AUGUAUAGACUCAGGAGAGGAAGUACAGCUUCCAUCAGACGAUGCAGCGACAUAUUUAUUAGGAGAUUCAAUUCCAAAAACAAUGUUAAGAUCUCUUCAGAAGUAGAGCAAGCGCUCAAUGAUAGAGUUCCAGUUGUCUCGCUCGAGUCAACAAUCAUUACUCAUGGUUUCCCUUACCCUAAGAAUAUUGAAAUGGCUCGCAAAGUGGAGCAAAAAAUCAGAGAUAAUGGGUGUGUGCCAGCCACAUGUGCGUUUAUUCAAGGAGAACCACUAGUGGGUCUUUCCGAUACCCAGUUGCAAUAUCUUGCAGAACAGAAGAAUGCCAACAAAGUGUCGCGACGGGAUAUUGGUCCUACAAUGGCUCAGAAACUAAACGGAGGCACCACAAUUGCAGGAACAAUGAUACUUUCUCAUAUUAGUGGGAUCAAAGUUUUUGCAACCGGUGGCUUGGGUGGCGUUCACAGAGACGGACACAUAACUAUGGAUAUUAGCGCAGACCUAACUGAGUUGUCCCGAACACCUGUAACAGUAGUUUGUGCUGGGCCCAAGCUGAUUUUAGAUAUUCCACGGACUAUGGAGUAUUUGGAAACACAGGGAGUUCUUGUAAGCACGUUUAACGACGAUGGAAGAGCCAACAUUGAAGUUCCUUCAUUCUUUUGUCGUGAGUCGGGUGUCAGGUCACCUUAUUCGUUCACCUCGUGGAAAGAGAUCGCUGCUGUGGUUCAUCAUCUGAAUAACUUAAUGCAACUCCAAUCGGGAAACUUGCUUUGCAUUCCACCACCAGCCGAAAUAGCUCUUUCGAGUGAGCUUAUGAGUGGCAUAAUCGAGGAUGCCAACAAAGAGGCGCUUCAGAAGGGCAUUCAUGGGAAGGACUUGACACCAUAUUUGUUACAGAAAAUUGCCCACGAUACCCAGGGAAAAUCCGUUGAGUGCAAUAUGGAGUUUGUAAUCAACAACGCUGAUGCAGCCUCCAAAAUUGCAAUUGAAUUAAUGGCUUUAGAGCACAAUUCUAGAGUACGUAUUCCUUCUACUCAAGGUUACUUGUAA